CCCACUUUAAAAAUUCCAUUUACAAUCCUCUGCCAUUUUUCCUUUUUAAAAAACCUAGUUUUAAAAGUUUGUCCCCUACUUCUGAAAUAGCAGCUUCAGCAGAGGCCAAGAAUCAGAGUAGAAAUGAUUUCAAGAGAUCUCAUUCACAAGGUGACUUUACUCCUGUGCCAGAUGAUAUGUCUUGGCCUGUAAAAAGACCAUCUGUUUUUCAAGAUGUGAGAAUCACGACCACAGAGAAAAUGAAGGAAAUUGGAAGCUUUGGUGAAUACACCUUAUAUAAUGUUGAGUAUGAAGCAUUAUACCAGUCCGAUAUUGGAGAAUUAGUGUAUAAGUCAGGGACUGUGAAGAGAAGGUUCCGGGAGUUUAUAAAUUUACAGUCACGUCUGGAAGAUAACCCUUCAUAUAAGAAAAGCAUGAAAGAUGUCAAGGGUCCCAAAAAGAUUCUUCCAUCACUACCAUUUGGAAAUAUGGGCAAGGACACAGUCGACAGUCGCAAAAAAUUACUGGGCAUUUCUUGCGUUGGUUAA